CUCAUUAGAUACCUGACAGUGGAGAAACAGCAGUCAGAUCACAGAGCAGAACAGAAGGAUGAAGUUCAACAGCGCUUUGAGUGUUGCUGGAGUCACACUUCUCUACAUAGCGGGUUCCUUCUGUCAGUUAGAUGUAUGUGGCCGAGCCCCUCUCAACAACAGGAUUGUUGGAGGGAAGAAUGCGACGGCAGGCGCUUGGCCGUGGCAGGUCAGCAUUCAUUUCACCUUUGCAGGCAUCGACUUUGGCCAUUUCUGUGGUGGGACUCUCAUCACUAAAGACUGGGUUUUGUCUGCAGCUCACUGCUUCCAGUGGUUCAAUGCAUCUUACGUUGUGAUGUACUUUGGGCGUCUGAACCAAUCCGGCUCUAACCCUUAUGAGACAAACAGGACAGCGAGUCAAAUCAUAAACCAUCCUAACUUUAACUUUUCUACUUUUGACAAUGACAUAGCACUGAUCCAGCUCUCCUCCUCUGUGCCUUUCUCUGAUUACAUUCGGCCGGCCUGUCUGGGUGCUGUUAAUAGCACAUUUGCUGGAGGUACAGAAAGCUGGGUCACUGGAUGGGGCAGACUGCAACCUAAUGGCACAGAGGUUCCUGAGGUACUGCAGGAGGUGAUGAUACCAGUUGUGAAAGACACUGACUGUAUUAAUGCAUAUGGAGGGAUCAACAUAAGCAUCACAAGCAAUAUGAUUUGUGCUGGUUUGUUAAAUCAGGGAGGAAAGGGUGCAUGUCAAGGAGACUCUGGAGGUCCAAUGGUCAGUAGGAAAGGCUCCCUGUGGAUUCAGUCCGGCAUUGUGAGUUUUGGUAUACAAUGUGCUGACCCCACAUUUCCCACUGUGUUCGCAAGAGUCUCUCCGUACCAGGACUGGAUCAAGUCUUACACGGGCAGCAACCCACCUGGAUUUAUUGUAUUCAAUGCAGCAUCCUCCAACUUCAGAAGCGUUCCCAACCUCCUCUUAUUUCCCCUUUCUCUCACUUUCUACUUCAUUCCUUUCUCCCUCUUUCUCACUUCCUAAAUACUAUUCGAAAAGUACCGUAUUGUCCCGAAUAUAAGACAACGUUUUUUUCUUGGAAAUACAUCUGAAAAAACGCGGUCGUCUUAUAUUCGGGGUCUAGACUUUGACAUGUCAGUAAUACACCCACAACAAUAGGUGGCGCCAAAAACGCAUAUAACGAGUGUGCCAUGAAAUAUGUAAUAUAAUGUGUGUUGUAAAAAUCGCGGGCGAAAACAAAACAAAAAGAAAAUCUUACAGCAGCAUGAGUCGUGACUAGGGAUGUUCAUUUCGGUUAUUUUUUCUAACCGACAACCGACGCUCGUUAACCGAUUAUUAACCGUUAACCGACAAGAUUAUUUUAAAUUAGAAUUAAAAUUAAAUUAGAAAGAAUAAGUGUCUGUGACCCAUUAAAAAUACUAACAUUUGUUUUCCGGGGAUUAAUUUUACAUGCGCAAAAAGCAGUAAACAACCCUAACCUUUUACAAUUCCGAUUAUCUUCAUGACUAAAAGGAGUGCUUCCACUGUUAGAAGGAAAAAAAAAAAGAAAAAAAGAAAAAGUGAUUUCUCCAGCGCCGCAUGCGCGCACACACGGUUAAGCAUUCUACUUUGACAAUGCAGCCUGUUCAUUAUCAUUAUAAAAAAACAAUCAGUCAAACAUAUGAAAAAAAAAAAAACACUACUCAGUUUAAAUAUGUAGUAAAAUCUGUGCCGUUAAAUUAUCACCGUACUGCCUUGAAGUUAUGCACAACAUUUUGUUUUACAUGGAUAUUGGAACGCGAGUGAAGUAGGCCUGUACAUAAAAGGUAAAUAAUAUUUUGGCAUUCAAAUACAUCGCGAAUACGGAAGCAUUUGAUUUUGUGUCGAACGAGAGACCCAACAUUGGUUUCGGUUUCGUUUUAGCCUUAAUUCGUUUUGGUUUGUCGCUAUAGCUUCUUACAUUUGUAAUUCUUGUUCUUUUCUAAAUAGCCUACUGUUAAUUGAAAGGAUUUGUUGUGGAGUGAGGGGAACUAAAAUAGAAUAGUUAUGUUUACAGUGUUUAUUAUAGUAUUUGUAAUUCGCGUCGGCCUAUUUCUGAAUGAAAUAAUAAAAUGCGACUUAUGUAUUUUUUUCUCUCUCUAAAAAAGUUUUUUUUUGUUGUUGUUGUUGCAUGGUUAAAAUACGCGUAGCUUAUUUUAACCAUGCAGUAAACCUUUUAAAAUAUCUUGAUAAAUUACUGAAAAAAAUAAAUAAGUGACUUUAAACCGUUUAACUGAUUGUAUUAAUCGGUCAAAAUUCUUAUCGGUCGGUUAACGGUUAAACGGUUAAAAUGAACAUCCCUAUUAUACUAGUCGUGACUGUCAUGUUAACCUGAUGGAACCAAACUUCCUCUGUAAGUGAUUUUAAAACAUAAGACAGUGCCCAGAUUUGAAGACUACAAUAAGAUUUCACUUCUACUGUUAAUAAAAUUUUGGUUGGCUACUAUGAGAUGGAUAGCCUAAAUGUUAUAUAAUUCAGAUGGGCUACCUGUUAUUUUUAUGGUAUAUCAAAAAGUGUAUAUUUUUCAAUGUCAUUGUUGGUACAUUUUACCAGUAUUUACCAUACUUUCAAAACAAAAAUUAAAAUAGGAAAAAUAUGCAAUUUGAAAAUAAUUUAAGAAAAAAAAUGUGUUUUACAGAGAGAAAAACAAACAAACAAACAAGAAAACAAGAUUUGGUUUUCAAAAAGCCUUUUUCCAAAAGGUACAUCUGGAAAAAGGGUCGUCUUAUAAUCAGGGUCGUCUUAUAUUCGGGACAAUACGGUAAUUCUCAGGAUUGUUUGAUCAAGAGGACAGUUGUGUUGUCAAUGCUCUCAUAAAUAUGCCAAAAGAGCAGUUAUAUUGUU